CAACCCUAUGCUUAACUUAAUUGGAAUAAUGAGUGAAGUGGAAGUUAGUAAUGUAUGCAAAUCCCGAUUGCCCCAUGUCUAUAGAGCAUGCUGCACAAGUGGUGUAAUGUGAAGCCAGUUUGUUUGAGAACCAUCAAGCCCUAACCUUGUGGUUGUUCGUGUGCAGGCAGUCAAUGUGUUGCAUGGCCCCUAAGCGAUUAUUUACAUCAUAGUCGAGUGCUGUUAAGCAACAAACAAUCUCAAAUUUCUGAAUAACACAAAACUGGCCAUCCGGCAAGAAAACGGGCACUCAGUGAUAUCUAUGCUAUUUUCCCCACGAGCGGCAGUAGAUAUUCAAGAUGGAGAAGAACUGCGUGAGUGUCAACGACAAGACUGAGUCUGGAGGACGUCGACGACGGUGUUUCAACAACAUCCUCUGGUUUACUGCCGUAUUUAGUGUGUCGUCACUGGUGCUGGAAUCAGUCAAGUCCUACACAUCAUCACAGAUCACAGCACUGGAGAAACAGUUUGGACUCAGCAGUACAAAAAGUGGCCUCCUAAUGAGCUGCAACGAAAUCGGUUAUCUUGUAGCUAUUUUCUUCUUCAGCCAUUUUGGGGGAAACCGCUUUAUACCUAGGAUCCUGUCCUGUACAGUGGCUUUGUUUGGUUUUGCUUGCUCAAUGUCGGGCCUCUUACACGUCAUGGAUCCUGUAUCGCUCCCUUCUUUAGAUGAUCUUGCCUCCAACUAUUCCUCUCCACAAGGUGCCAGAUUGUGUCAGGAUUCCGUACAGGAACAUGAGCGGUGUCCAGCCACGAAGGACCAAGCGACUGACAACGGACGUUGGGUGUACAGUGUGCUUGCCGUGCUUAUGGUGUUACAAGGAGUGGGUAAAUCCCCACGGUUUUCCCUGGGUUUACCGUACGUUGAAAAUAAUUCCCGCGACAAACAGCAGUCGAGUUUACUGACAGGCAUCAUUAUGGCGAUAGCUUUCCUUGGACCAGCUGUUGCGCUCAGUCUUGGUGGAUGGCUCAGUGACGUUCCCAUUGAUCUAAGCGAGUCCAAGUUAGACAGCCUUCACCCCCAGUGGAUUGGUGCAUGGUGGAUCGGAUACCUGAUCAUUGGAUGUGCAGCCCUCUUUCUUGCUGUACCCUUAGGCUGCUUUCCAAGGCACAUGAAGAAAUCAACAGUUAAAGAUAUCGACACGACCAAGUCACUGAAAAAGGAUAUAGUGGACAUGCCAAGGUCCAUAUUACGGAUAUUGAAGAACCCAGUAGUCGCCUGUCUUCUCUUUGGGAACGCCAGUGCUUUGUUUUUUGUUGGAGGCUAUUUCAGCUUUGCUCCAAAAUACAUCGAGACACAGUUUGCAAGGACGGCAGCUGAGGCGAACUUCAUAUUGAGUAUUCUAGAGCUGAUGUGGGCGUUAGUGGGCACCCUUCUUGGAGGCAUAAUCACUAGCAGAUUCCGGCUUACCAGCAUUGGAUGCAUGAAGCUCACGACCAUACUGGUCUUCAGUGCAACUGUCCUCUGUUCUCUCACAUUGGUCUUUGGUUGCGACGAACAGAACAUCAAAGGUCUAGGUGACAGCAGAAAUCCCAUCGGAAACGACACUGUUUGCAACUGUGAUGCAACGGAGUACAUGCCCCUGUGCGGAGUUGAUGGAGUGACAUAUAUCAAUCCCUGUAUGGCUGGAUGCAAGUCUCAGAACGGUACAACAUACAUGGGGUGCAGCGAGAUUCCUGGUAACGAAGGCACAGUGGGCAAAUGCCCAAUAGAUUGUCCCUACCUUUAUCCCUACGUCAUCGUUGACCUGGUGUCCGGCCUGGCGGCGACAAUUUCCUUAGUCCCUGUCAUGCUGACACUAAUGAGAACAGUGCACCCGAGGGACAAAUCCAUGGCUGUGGCUAUAUCGUCUUUCCUAAGUAGUUUUGUCGGUUAUCUUCCAUCACCUAUUGUUUAUGGAAAGGCCAUUGACAUCACGUGCACUCUCUGGGAAACAACGUGUGGUGAGGUCGGCGCAUGCGCAGUAUAUGAUAUCCCAAGACUACGAUAUCAUGUGAAAGGGAUGGACACAGGAUUUCAAGUACUAUCGUCAGUUGGCUUCUUUGCAGCUUUCCUUUUACUGAGAAAUGGGGUCGUUAAGGAGUAUUCCGACUCAGAUGCACCACAAACCCAACCUAAAGAAGCAGAAGAUACUGAGAAACGUGAUGUUCAGAUUACACGGUUAUAAAGAUCCUUCCAGACGGAAACGAAACUGUGUUCCUUUGGGGCGUUUAUGGAAUGAAUAUGCUGAUUACUCCAAUAACUAAAAAUGGACCAAAUACAAAGACAGCAGUAUUCCUGUAGACUGUAUAAAUAUAACACUCUUCAGCUACAUAGGUUAAAACAUCAAGCCACUCUUUAAGGAAAUUCUAAAAGGAGAGAAUAUACGUAGUAGUCAUUAAUGUA